AUGCAAAUUUUCGUGAAAACGCUCACUGGCAAGACAAUCACUCUCGAGGUCGAGAGCUCUGACACCAUCGACAAUGUCAAGGCAAAGAUCCAGGACAAAGAGGGGAUUCCUCCGGACCAGCAGAGGCUUAUCUUCGCCGGUAAACAGCUAGAAGAUGGCCGCACCUUGGCCGAUUACAACAUCCAGAAGGAGUCCACUCUCCAUUUGGUGCUUCGUCUUCGUGGUGGUAUGCAAAUCUUUGUCAAGACUUUGACGGGCAAGACAAUCACCCUUGAGGUCGAGAGCUCAGACACCAUUGACAACGUCAAAGCUAAGAUUCAAGACAAAGAGGGAAUCCCACCGGACCAGCAGAGGCUCAUCUUCGCCGGGAAGCAGCUAGAGGACGGAAGGACACUUGCUGACUACAACAUCCAGAAGGAGUCGACCUUACAUCUUGUCCUUCGUCUUCGUGGUGGUAUGCAAAUCUUUGUGAAGACCCUCACCGGAAAAACCAUCACUUUGGAGGUGGAGAGCUCUGACACCAUUGACAACGUCAAGGCUAAGAUCCAAGAUAAGGAAGGGAUCCCACCGGACCAGCAGAGGCUUAUCUUCGCCGGGAAGCAGCUAGAGGACGGAAGGACUCUUGCUGACUACAACAUCCAGAAGGAGUCCACUCUCCAUUUGGUACUUCGUCUUCGUGGUGGUAUGCAAAUCUUUGUGAAGACCCUCACCGGAAAAACCAUCACUUUGGAGGUGGAGAGCUCAGACACCAUUGACAACGUCAAAGCUAAGAUCCAAGACAAGGAGGGGAUCCCACCAGACCAGCAGAGGCUCAUCUUCGCCGGGAAGCAGCUCGAGGACGGAAGGACUCUUGCCGACUACAACAUCCAGAAGGAGUCGACCUUACAUCUUGUCCUUCGUCUUCGUGGUGGUAUGCAAAUCUUUGUGAAGACCCUCACCGGGAAAACCAUCACUUUGGAGGUUGAGAGCUCUGACACAAUCGAUAACGUCAAGGCCAAGAUUCAGGACAAGGAGGGGAUUCCACCAGACCAGCAGAGACUCAUCUUCGCCGGAAAGCAGCUUGAGGAUGGUCGCACACUUGCGGAUUACAAUAUCCAGAAGGAAUCAACUCUCCACCUUGUGUUGCGUCUGCGUGGUGGUAUGCAGAUCUUUGUGAAGACUUUGACGGGCAAGACUAUUACCUUGGAGGUCGAGAGCUCUGAUACGAUUGACAAUGUCAAGGCAAAGAUUCAGGACAAGGAAGGGAUCCCUCCGGACCAGCAGAGACUCAUCUUCGCUGGGAAACAGCUCGAGGAUGGUCGCACUUUGGCGGAUUACAACAUCCAGAAGGAGUCGACUCUCCACUUGGUUCUUCGUCUUCGUGGUGGAGACUUCUGA